UCACAUAAUCAGUGAAUUGUAUUUUCAGAUAACAUGUGUUGUUAUUAUUAUUAGAUUUUUUUUGUUGAUAUUUUCGUCGGUAAUAAUAAUCGGGUUUCGGGAAAAAGUUUCGGUCAGAAAACAGACAACAAAAUCAAUUGGUGUUUAUAAUCCGUCCGUCCGUCCGAUUGGUUUGUCUGACCGGAUGCGGCCAUCAGUGGUUGUGACCAGUGUUUACCGCUAAUAAAACUGAAGUUUUAUUUUGUAAAUACCGAUACCGUGUGCGGUCGCGGACAUAGUUAUCGGAUUAAUACAUACACUUAGCUAUCGUGUGUAUUUGUGUGUUGGCCACCAAUCUAUCAAAAAAAAAUGUCUUCACAUGACAGCCGCGGAAGCGGUAGCGGAUCUAUGCCGCCGAUGAUUAUGGCCACUCAGACUACUAUUGUUAAUAAAACAACGACCGGCGGCGGCGGCGGUGGCAGCGGCAGUGGUGGCAAUGGUAACAGUGGCGGCGGCGGUAGCGGUGGUGGUGGUGGUGGUAGUGGCGGUAGUAGUGGACAACAACAGCCGCCACUGUUGGACGACUUUGAGUAUCCGUUUUGCGACGACGUUUCCAAGUAUGACAAAGUGGCCAAAAUAGGACAGGGUACUUUCGGCGAAGUAUUCAAAGCCAAACACAAGCAGACGAGAAAAAUUGUUGCCCUGAAGAAGGUAUUGAUGGAGAACGAGAAGGAGGGGUUCCCGAUCACUGCCUUACGCGAGAUUAAGAUACUUCAGCUAUUGAAACACGAAAACGUUGUACCAUUGAUCGAAAUUUGUCGGACAACUGCUGUCAACGAAUCCAACAACAACAACAACAUCAAAGGCUCGAAACCUACCGAUGCGGCCAACAAAGCAUAUAAGGCUACGUUUUAUCUGGUGUUUGAGUUUUGCGAGCAUGACUUGGCCGGCCUACUGUCCAAUGUUAAUGUGAAGUUUUCGUUGGGCGAAAUCAAAAAAGUUAUGCAACAACUGUUGAAUGGCCUGUUUUUCAUACAUAGCCAGAAAAUAUUGCACAGGGAUAUGAAAGCGGCCAACAUAUUGAUUACGAAAAACGGUACCUUGAAGUUGGCCGAUUUUGGACUGGCUCGGGCCAUAUCGACGUCGAACAAGAAUCAGGCUAACAGGUAUACCAAUCGGGUGGUUACGUUGUGGUAUAGGCCGCCCGAGUUGCUGCUCGGCGAACGUAAUUACGGUUCACCAGUGGACUUGUGGGGCGCCGGCUGUAUAAUGGCUGAGAUGUGGACCCGUAGUCCGAUAAUGCAAGGAAAUACCGAACAAAAUCAGAUUAACCUAAUCAGCCAACUGUGCGGUUCGAUUGCACCGGAAGUAUGGCCGGGUGUCGAACGACUAGAUCUAUACAAUAAACUAGAUUUACCGAAAAAUCAGAAACGAAAAGUCAAAGAACGACUGAAAGCCUACGUCAAGUGUCAGUACGCGUUGGAUCUGUUGGACAAACUGUUGAUUCUGGAUCCGAGUAAACGAUUGGAUUCGGAUUCGGCACUGAAUCACGACUUUUUCUGGAUGGACCCAAUGCCGCAGGACUUGUCGAAAAUGUUGUCCCAACAUUCGCAGUCGAUGUUCGAGUAUCUGACACCCGCUCGACGUCGGGCACAGGGUGGCCAACAGCCACCGAUGCCGAUGCCAGUCGUUGGCGGCGUUCAUCCGCCGCCGCACGGUGUUGCCGGCGUACAUCCUCAACAGCGGCCACUAUCGGCAGCCGACGCCCAGUAUGUGGACAGAGUUUUUUAAUGAGAGAGAGAGAGAGACGCCAACAAAAAACCCAAUUAAUUACCGGGUAAUGAGUAUUAUCCGUAUGAUUAUGUAAUUAACGUUAUUAUUAUUAUUAUCAUUAAUAUUAUAU